UUGGUUUCUGUCAUCUCAGUAGGUAUUUUGCAUCGGUCGUUACGUUGCCGGCCGGUUUUUCUUCCCUAUUAGAAGCAUUAAGUUGCAGUGCUCAUUAACUUCCAUUGUCAUCCACGUCGCGUCGGUGUUCGGAUCGGAGUUCGCGUCUCUCAAACAUUUAAAUACAUUUCUCCAUACCAUCCCGCUUGUGUUCGUUCAGAUUGCAAUACAAUAAUGGCAUCCAAGGUACCGCGAGUGACGCUCAACAACGGAAAAUCAAUUCCCAUCCUCGGUCUGGGAACGUGGGGCUCCCCGCCCGGCGAGGUCGCCCAAGCAGUGAAGGAUGCUAUUGACAUUGGCUACCGCCACAUCGAUUGUGCUCACGUGUACCAGAAUGAACACGAAGUUGGCGAGGGUGUCAAUGCUAAGAUCUCCGAAGGCGUCGUUAAGCGCGAGGACCUGUUCAUCACGAGCAAGUUGUGGAACACCUUCCACCGUCCGGAUUUGGUCGAAGGCGCUUGCCGUACGACGCUGAAGAACCUUGGAUUGGAGUACAUCGAUCUCUACCUCAUCCACUGGCCGAUGGCUUACAAAGAGGGCGAUGAACUGUUUCCAACCGACGCCGACAAGAAGACGGCCUAUUCCGAUGUUGACUACGUGGACACUUGGAAGGAAAUGGAGAAGUUGGUCGGGCUGGGUCUCGCCAAGAGUAUCGGCAUUUCCAACUUCAACUCGAAACAGGUCGAGCGAGUUUUGGCCAUUGCCAAGAUCAAGCCAGUGACCAACCAGGUGGAGUGCCAUCCGUAUCUGACUCAGUCGAAACUGUCGCCAUUCUGCAAAAGCCGAGACAUCGUCAUCACCGCGUACAGUCCCCUCGGGUCACCUAACCGUCCGUGGGCUAAGCCUGAAGACCCGCAGCUGAUGGAGGACCCAAAAAUUGUUUCCAUUGCCAAGAAAUACAACAAAACUGCAGCGCAAAUUUUGAUUCGCUAUCAGAUUCAACGAGGCCACGUGGUUAUUCCCAAGUCCGUGAACAAAGCCCGCAUUCAAUCCAACUUUGAGGUGUUCGACUUCGAACUAACCGAAGACGAUAUGACACUCAUCACGUCGUUCGACUGCAAUGGACGCUUGGUGCCGAUCACUAGCGCUGCUGGUCACCCACAUCAUCCCUUCGAGAAAGAGGAGUAUUAAUCGAGUCAACCCAGAGGGUCGGCCGUAACUUUAUGUGCAUUACACUAAACUUUUUGCUCGAUCAACAACACAAGUCUACCGCACGUGUCCUGGUUCCUUAUUAAGAACGUCACCACUAAACUCAAUCCCAGUUUGUGUUUUCAUUUGUUAUUUAAAAUAAUAAACAUUUGAAAUUUUAAAUAA